CCGAACCGAACUGUGCGGUCGCUGUGGUUCCUUGCUUCACAUUAUUUCACUCCUGGUUGACCAACUUCUAAGGUAGGAAAAUGGAGGAGCUCGACUUCAUUGAAUUGCAUGACCUUGAGGAUUUUCUCCACCAUCACAAAACGGACCUGUCUCGUGUGGAAAGGCCGGACUUGUUACUGAAGAAGAUGCGAGACCGCAGACUCAUCCGCAUGGACAAAUAUCAAGAAGUGAGUGGUAUUCAGGAGGAAGCGGAGAAGAAGGAAGCCAUUUACCAACUCCUGGAUCAGUUUGCAGAGGAGAAUCCUCAAAGCAUCAAGCUGUUUUGGAAAUGCCUUUUUGAGGAUCCAGAAUUGGCCCAGUGUCCCACCCUGAGGAGUCUGCUCAGCGAAUUGAGGAGCGAAUACCUGCCAAGAAGUGAUGACACGUCGACACCAGGGAAGGAGGAGAAGAAGAAGGAGAAAAUAAAGCAUCUCGCUGGCGCUAGUCACGCUGAGCAGCCAAGCUCGUCCUCUUCAGCAGCACAGAGAGGCCAAACCUCUUCUCCCAUGAAAAAGGCUGACAAGCAGACACGUCCCACGUUCCCGCUGUCUGUGACCUGUGGUAACCUCAGAGGGAAGCUGCACAAAAAUGAUUUUAAAGAAGGACGGCGCUGCAUCCUGGCGCAGGGACGCUCGUUCACUCCCAUAGAGUUUGAAGAAGCUGCCGGGAUGGAGAGACGUAAGAACUGGAAGACAAGUAUCCGCUGCUCACAUGGGACUCUGGCGUCACUUAUUAAGGCUGGACACCUGCCACGCACACACUUUGCAAGAAGGCACCAGAGGAGCUGAAUCGUCAUUCACAUAGCGUGUGAAUUCAAGUGUGUGAAAGAUUAAAGUGUUUUACUG